AAUUUGACUUUUGAACUAUUUAUUCAACUUGCUUUGAACAUAUGAAAUAUUGCAUAAGAAAAAAAUAUAGUCAAUACGGAUCUAUUUUGGUUCAUCUUGGUGUGUAAUUUUUUUUGGGUGUGUAAUUUAUUCAUAAUUUGCAUAAAUGUAUAAUUUGAACACAAUUAUACACAUUUUAUAGAGGCCCAGUUUACCAACAAUUGAGACAACAACAUCAACGUCAUCAAUCUAGUUGACAGUUUUUUUUUUUUUUUUUUUUUUUGCUAAGCUUUUAUCAAUCUGCAUUAGUCUAUCACUUUUGGUCUAUGUUACUUGGUCUCGAAUAAAGUGUCAAAUUAGACACGGGUGUCCAAGCCUCGGACUCGCCCAUUUUCUUGAAAAAGUUGUGUAGUUAAAAAUGAAGUGUCCAAGUGUCGGUGUCGGUGUCCGACACAAGUUGUGUCGACACGGACAUGUGAGGUAAAUGAAAGAGUCCGAGUAACAUAGCUUUUGGUUCAUGUAAACGACCCCAUUUAUAGGACUAAGUCUUUGAUUGAUAUAAUUAAAGUACUACAUGGAUGAAAAUGUGUCUUGGUAGGCGUGAAGAAUGAAUUGUUGGAGCUAAAAUGUUACGGGGGUAGUAUAUUGAUUUUCUCUAUGCUGGUUUAUCAUUCUCCAAUGAAGUUACGUGUACAUAUAAUUGGUUUUCUUUGUUUUGAAUAUAAUACGCCUAUGAAGUUUGAUCUGGGAAGACUUGAUGAAUAAACGACAAGGCAAAGAACUCUUUAUGCCAAGGAAAACUAUUGUGGCUGAGUUUAUCAACAGCCGGGGCAACAACAUCAAUGUUGCCGAUCUCGUUCGCUGGUAAUUUAGUUAUUUUGGUUUGCUGAGCUUUUGUUUAUGUUCUAUUAUUAUAUACAUACACAUGUAUAUUGAUUUUCUUUGUAUUGGUGUGUCAUACUCCAAUGAAGCUAUGUGUAUAUUUAAUAAUUGUUUUUUUUUUUGUUUUGACUUUUAAUACACCUAUGAAGCUACAUCUGGCAAGAUUUGAUGGAUAAACCACAAGGCGAAGAACGCUUUCUUUCUCGUCUCAAAAGAAUCAGUAGUGAGGCAAUAAAAGAGUACCUGAAUCUUACAAAAGUUUACACCUCAGAAACUGAAGUUAAUACUCAAGAGUGUGACCCCACGGCUUCACGUCAGAAGGCUUCAACUCAGGCUGCAUCUAAAUCUUUAUCUUCAACUGCUAAAAAAUCUAACAAAACUAAGGCUACCUUUGGUGAUAUAUGUGAAUAUUUCAUCUCUUGUCCUGUGCUCCCAGGAGGGCUUGUUUUGGCUCAAAGUAUGUACUGUGCUAAAGUUGCUUUGUCAUUUUUCAAUUGCGAAUUGCGAACAUGGUACAAAUUAUAAGGUCAUUGAACCACUGGCAAGUGCUCAGUACAUGUUUUCUGGAGUCCGCUUUCACAGCAACUUCAUUGCUGCCAAGCCUGAGAAGAAUGCCAGACCAAAGCUGUUCUAUGCCAACUUUUGGUGUAGGAAUAAGAGAGUCCGUGAUGUGCAUUGCUGCAUUGUUAAUUUUAAGAAAGCGACAUUUGCAUGCUGUGGAGAAUGCCCUCCAGUACUUGCUCACUGUGAGAAGCGUUAUACUGAAGGUCGGUCAGUUAACAGAUGCAUUUAUUUGUCAAAGGAAUCGAAAGCUAGAAAAAAUGAAUUUUGUGCAAAAGCUGCACUGAAUUUUUUUAACGAGAAGCAUGGCACAAAGUAUGGGCUAGUGGAAUCUUUGGACAGUUUUAUUGUCCCCAUAAACCUUGGUACAUAUCGAUUAGGCUGUAGGUUCAAGGCCAAGCUUGAGGAACCUGGUGCUGCUGAUGCUUCUUCUCCAAAGCUUUUUGCGGCUGAUUUGGUGAUGUCUACUGGCUGGAAGGAUGGACAAUGUUACAUGAUCAAUAGUAAGAUUAUUUACUGAUUGUCUUUGGUCCCUUCCUCGGAUAUCUAGUAAUGGUGCAUUGCAUGCUUCUUAUCUUCUGUAUGCUUCUUAUCUUCUGCAUGCUUCUUAUUUAUAUACGAAGUACGUGUUGAAAUUAGGUAGGUGGGCAUUGCAACAGUCUACCAUGGUGAUAGUUUGCCAGGAAUUCUUAUGCUUGCUGCAAUUAAGAGUUUGCUACGUGGCUACCAGAAGAUUGCAUUAGUUUUCUUAACAUGCUAAUCAUGAUAGUUAGUAUGACUAAUUAUACUUAUUUCCCUUGCUUUUUUCCUUAAACAUACAUGAUUUUACCUGAUCCCUUUACAUAUUGUGUAGACUAGUAUUUGUUGUUAGAGUGUCUCAAUGUAAACAGUUGUAAAGUUUAAUACAUGAAUA